UGGCGCUGGGGGCGGGCCCUCGUGAGGGGGAUGGAGAGCCUUACUCGGGGAAAGUUUUACAACUUUUCAGCGGAUCCUAGAGGAACCCCCGGAGCGGAGGAGCUCCCCCUUCUCCCCAGCAUGACGUCCACAAAGGGUCCUGCCAACCAGCAUCAGCUGAAGGAGCUCAACAGUGCCCACAAUUCCCUUGCUGACAUCAUUGGUCAGCUCCAUGACAUUGACCCUAGCCGCCUGUCUUUCUCUCCUUUCCUUGACCUGGACACCCAGAUAUCCAUGGCACCCAUCUCCGACAGCCCCGAAUCCUCGGUGGAGGAGCUAUAUUCCACUGAGGAAGAGGAAGGGGUAGCACCCCUCAACCCGGCCACAGAGAAUCUUCUUGAACCCGUGGAGGUGGGUCACAAGGAUGAUUCUAGAAGUUGCUUGAUUCAGGAGAGCCCUGGGCCACCAGAAAUUAUGGAAGACCCCAAGACCCCUGUGGAGGAGGCCACCACUUUCCAGGACAGUGGCCACACUCUGACCAUCAGAAUGCCUAAAGAGACCUCCUUUCUAGACAUGGUUCCGGUACCACUAGGGUGUUCCACAGAGCCAGUGGUGGAAGAACAGCAAGCAGGGGCUUUGGAACUGCCCGAUCCGCCACUUCCUCUCCACGAACAUCAGCCCUUCCUGGAGGUGGGAAGCACAGAUCCAGUUCCAUGUGGGGACUCAGAGAAUCCGGCCCCUUGCACUCACAAGUGCUGCCAGGGCUGGUCCGGUGACCACAUGAAGGCCGUGGCUUCGGCCUUCGUGUCCUUGCUGCUGGCGCCAUGGUUCCUCUACGGAUGUUACUACUUCCUGCCACUCCAGGCCCCCGCCUGCCCGGAUCUUGCCAGCCGUGUCGUGUUCGCCCUGCGCUGCCUCCUGAUCGCUGGGGUCCCUAUCCUGCUUGGCAUCAUGCUGAGGGCCUUCUCCGUGCUGUGUCUGGACGCCCCGGGCCCCCUGGACGCUCGCUCCCGGCCCGCCCUGCUCCACCAGCUCUUUGUCUCUGGCUCCGUUGACCAGUUUGUGGUCUUUUGCCUCAACGUGGUGGUGACGGCCACCUUUCUUCCUCAGGAGCACCUCCGCCUCGUCCCAAUCUUUGCGGGGCUUUUUUCUGUCGGCAGGUGCUGUUACUGGGUGAGCCUGCAUCUGUGCAGUGCGUACCGUGGCUUUGGUUCUGGACUGUCCUUCUUCCCAACGCUCUCCCUGACAGCCUACAACCUCUUCUGUCUCUUCGAGCUGGGCUUUGGCUUCCUCUUCACCCCCUCGCUUGCAGGUUAAGCUAGAACCACGCCUGCCCCGACGCUUGAGCCGACUGUCCCCAAGAGAUGAGCAAGAAACCGGAGAGUGACAGUCUACAUUCUCCUCAAUGUCUAGGUCCCCCGGGGCCCCUGAAAUGGCCUAGAGUGGCCUCCUGGCUUCCAAUAAGAUUUACCAAGAUAGUGACUCCCUUGGACAGCACCGCCAAAUCCUCCUUUCCCUUUGCAGAAACAGUGCCAAGGUACAGGCAGGCUUCAUGCAGCAUAGGCCAGCUACGGAAUGCUGCAUAGUGUCUCUGAGCAUGUGCAGAGUACAAGACAAACUAGUCUUUAGCCCUGGAACCCUGGGGCUCCGUCAGGACAUAGGAACCUAGGGAGCUGCUUUAUACUGAAUCAGACCCUUGAUCCACCUAGUUCAGUAUUGUCUGCUACACUGACUGGCAGCAGCAUCUCCAAGGUUUCGGGCAGGCGUCUUUCCCAGCCCUACCUGGUGAUGCUGCCAGGGAUUGAGUCAAGGACUUCCUGCCUGCAAAGCAGGGGCUCCACCAAUGAGCAGGUGGAAGGACUACAGAAGCAAAGACUCGGCCCAGGCAAGUGUUAUGACUGUUAGCCACAGGAGAUGU